AUGAGACGUAACGGUAGUGGACGCACAGUUAAUAAUGUUAAGCCAGAGCAUAUUUCCCCAGGUGACCCCAAACCUGGAUCCAAACCGCCAAUGCAGAAAGUCGGCUCUUCCACUGAUAAAGAUUCGUUGGACAGCAGUAAAUUGCCUUCAACUGAGGCUCCGCCCAAAGAAGAUAUGACUAAGAUGGCUAUGCACGUUUAUGAUAGUUCUGCUGCGACAUUUUUAGAUGUUGCGGUUCUAAGGUGUUUGUUCAUAACGUUGUGGCAAGAGGAGGGAAUCUAUUGGGCUUUGCAUUAUAUGUAUAAUAGAUUACGAGACAUAAAUGAUGAAUCAGUAGGUCAACAACAGCCGAGAAAAAGAAGUAAUUCGUUGCCAAUACCUAAAAUUGAAGUAUCUCUGUAUCAAAGCAAUGAUUCUAGAAAAGGAGAAAAUGGCAAUAAGGACUUCAUAGAAGUACCAGAACCAAGAGAUGUUUCCCUUCUAACAGGUCUCUAUACCAUAGGAAUUUUAGGUUUCUUUUUUAAACUAAUAAAUAGAUGUUUUUCCAGAGUCUCCAUUCCACAACCAAUCAAAAUCAGAAGAGUCUCUACACAAACGAUCUUCCAGCGAAAAAAUCGGCAAGAAACGAAAGAAAAUUGCAGACUUAAAAACAUUUGUAGAGACUAA